GUCGCCACUCUAACCCCUAGAGGCCCGCGGCUCCGAGCCAAUCAUGACGUCUCCUCUGUGCUGGGCGGCCUCCGGCAAUGCCCAACCUGCUCAGGACCAAGCUUCAACUUCCUCCAAGGUCAAAGGCAGUCAAGCUCAAGCCAAGCAUCGCCCCAUCAGAAGCAAGGGCGCUGCACAGGCCUGGCCCCCACACCAUUCCAAGUCAGGGCCCUUCCAAGGCAGUGGGGGGAAAUCUGCAGUGCACAUGCAGGUGGCUGAGUUACAAAAGAAGAUACAACUUUUAGAGGGUGACCGGAAGGCUUUUUAUGAAAAUGCCCAGUGGAACAUCAAGAAGAAUCAGGAGACCAUCAGUCAACUCCGAGAGGAGAUCAGGAUGCUGCAACUACAGCUUACUGAUCUGCUCCAGGGAGAUGGGAAAGUGAUCCAGGCAGUGAUUAAGGAAUGGAAGUCAGAGACACCAUACCUGAAGAACAGAACCAGCCAGCAGGCUCUGGAGCACCUGGACCACAGGCUGAGUGAGAAGGUGAAGCAGUUGAAUGCUCUGCGGCACCAAGUAGGCUUGCGGCAGAAGCACCUGGAGGAACUCCAGCUACAGUACAAUCUGCGGGAGCUGGAGAUGGCCGAGGCACAAGAAGGCAACUCGGAGGUGGCCAAGACCAUGCGGAACCUUGAAAACCGUCUGGAGAAGGCCCGGAUGAAGGCAGAAGAGGCGGAACACAUAACCAGUGUGUACUUGCAGCUCAAGGCCUACCUGCAGGAGGAAAGCCUUAAUUUAGAGAACAGGUUGGACUCCAUGGAAGCUGAAGUAGUAAAGACAAAACAUGAGCUAGAGGAAUUGCAUUUGGUGAACCGAGAAGCACUCAAUGCCCGGGACAUUGCCAAGAAUCAGCUGCAGUAUUUGGAGGAAACUGUGUUCCGAGAGCGUAAGAAACGUGAGCGCUACAUAAAUGAGUGCAAGAAGCGUGAGGAAGAGAGGAAGCUGCAGAACGAACGCAUGGAACGCAAGACCCAGCGAGAGCACUUGCUGCUGCAGUCAGACGAUACCAUCCAGGAUAACCUGCGUGCUAAGGAAGAGGAACUAAGGAAACGCUGGGGCAGGUACCAGAUGGAGAUGCUCUUUGGCAAGGUGAAGGAUGCUACCGGCGUGGCAGAAACUCAUGCGGUGGUGCGCAGGUUCCUGGCCCAGGGCGACACAUUCUCGCAGUUGGAGAUGCUCAAGACAGAGAAUGAACAGACGCUGCUGACGCUGAAGCAAGAAAAGAAACAACUGCAGCGGGAGCUGGAAGACCUCAAGUAUUCAGGAGAGACCAUGCUGGUGAGUGAGCAGAAACUGAACACCGAGUUGCAGGAGCGUGUCAAAGUGGAGGAGCAGAGACGUGCUGAGGCACAGGAUCAGCUGGAGCGCUCCAUGCGGGCGUUGCAGGUUGCCAAGGAAGGCCUGGAGCACCUAUCGGGCAAGCUAAACAACAUCACAGUGGAGGGCGGCCGCUUCUCAGAAAAGGAUCUGGAUCCCAACUCAGGUGACUAUCUGCCCAAUCUGCUGGGAUUCGUGGAGGAAAAGCUGCUGAAGCUGCAGGCGCAACUCUAUGGCCAUGACGUGGCGGAGAUGCUGCGCCACCUCUCCGACCGCGAGUUCUACACCAGCCUAGAGGGAAGGCUGCCCUUCUACAACACCCGCAUCGCCUUGCCCCUUGCCAGUACUACCAAGGACAAGUUCUUUGACGAAGAGGAGAGUGAGGACGAAGACAACGACGUGGUAACACGGGCUGCCCUGAAGAUCCGUUCUCAGAAAUUAAUAGAAUCCCGCAGCAGGAAGCGCAGUCGCUCUAGGAGAUCCUAGACUAGCCCUAGCGCCCACCUGGUGCUUCCGGGACCCUGUGGAGACCCCCACCUCGGUGGGCCCAGUUUUGGGCCCACGGGAGACUUCAAGGGCUGAACAGGGCCCAGAGAAGAGAGCUGAGCCGCCUAGCCGGCUAUGCCUGGAGUAGAGAAGGGAGCCGGGCCAGCAGACUUUCCCACAGUAAAUCUUCCCGGCUGUCUGCACUGGCCUCAGAAUUGAGCAAUAAAGGUCACCGAUCAGUCCCUUGGGUAUUUGCCUCUUCUUGACCCGUAUCUCCC